CUAAAGCAUAAUACAGUGCAAACAAACCAAACCAACCACCCACAGAUAACAGUACAUACAAGCAAGCGUCGUCAGGCAGGCCGGGUCAAUAUCAAUAGGGCAGGUAGAUACAGGGGGAGCAAGCGGAGAUGGGUCGGGGUCACAGGCCAGGUUCAGCAGGUAGCAAGCAGCCUGGUACAGAGGGUCAGGCAGAGGGAUGGUCAUGAGCGAGCCGGGAUCAGAGCAGGAGAAGUCAGCAGCGGUUCAGAUCAGGCAGGGUCAGCAAAGGAACAGAAACAGGAUGCAGGACAGAUACAGGGCCCAGGACAAACACAACACCAAGGCAGAGUCUGCAGGUCUGGCCAU